AGUUUGUUACGGGCGACAGAGCAGAAUAGUACAACAGCAUAAAGUGUGUCGUUUGUUCUCUUCCAAAAGUCGAACAGUACCUAAAUAGGAACACAUUGUGUCGCUGUCGUCGGCAUAUCGUCGUCGUACUCGUCGUACUUUUAAAGUUUGACGUCGUCGUUCAAUUAAACGUCAUAAACGUCAAAAAAAAAAUAUUAACGAAAAUUUAUUCAAACAACAAAAAAGAGAUUGUGGAAUUUAAAAAUUUAGUACAUUCCGUGAUCUUGUCUUGUUACGGUCAGCGUCUAGUUAGAGGCCGCAUAAUCGUAUCGUAAUUUAUUUUUUUUUUGACAGAAGAGAUGUGUCAAAAAAUUCGAAUGCAAUAAUUUUGUGUCGGUUUUUUAUUUUUGUGAGAUUGUGACCAUUAAUAUUUUUGUGUGGCGUCCUUCAACGGAAUUAUAAAAAAAAAAAACGGAUUAAUAAGCAACGAAACGAACUAUAAGGAUUAAGGACAACAAUUAAAAGGAUUACAAUUCAGAGAGAGAGAGGGAGAGAGACAAAAAAAAGAUACAAGAUAUAGAAUCUUUGAAUAAAAAGAUUUUGACGUAUCGAAAUAAGGACAAUUAACUGACUCCUAACUGCAAUAAAAAAAGGAAGGAAGGACAUCACAAACAAAAACAUGAGGACGUCAUCUUCCCUGAGCUCGAUGUGGAGCAUCAUGGUGGUACUCAUUCUCUGCACCAUCGCCAAUGUCAACUCGUACUCAAAAUACGGACGCGGAUGCGGUGACAUCGGCUGCUUGCCAAAUGAAGUUUGUGUUUUGUCGCACGACGCUUGCGGAAUUCACCAGCAAAAUGGCAAAGAAUGCGGCAGUUAUCCGACGUGCAAAAAGAGCGGAGCAGCACCAUCAUCAUCGAAUAGUGGAGGUGUGAAACCGUCAGACGAAAAUGGACCGGACAGUGUAGCUUCCCAUUCUCCAUCUCAUAACCAAGGUCCAUCCGUACCAUCGGCACCCUCAUAUCACGAUAGCGGUAGUAAUAGUGGUGGUGGUGGAGGAUUUAAUGGAUUCUCAGCUGGCGGCCAUAGCUUGUACCCAACCUUACCAAAUAGCAAUCCUAACCCACAACCAAAUCCCCCAAAUCAUUAUCCCAAUCCAGCUAAUGGAGGAUAUCAGCCCUACAAUCCGUAUCCAUCAGGAGGAUACCAGCCAGCGCCACCUGCCGGUGGUGGUUAUCCAGGCUAUCAAGGAGGUGGUGGUUAUGGCGGUGGUGGCAACGGCGGUUAUGGUGGUGGUGGUGCUUAUGGUGGCGGUGCUGGAGGUUACAAUCCCCAACGUCCACAGCCCGGGCAGAAGGAAAAGAGCGAAGGAGGUGGCUUCUUCUCGAACUUCCUGUCAAAUCCGUUGGUCAACCAAGCGGUAACUGGCAUCAUCUCCGGGCAAAUCUCGAAGGCUCUGUCUGGUGGUGGCGGUGCUAAUGGUGGCAAUGGCGGUAAUCAGCCUUCAGGUGGAUAUGCACCAUCCGGUGGUUAUGGACAAGGUGGUUCGACCAGUGGCAGCUCAGGAAGCAAUUUCUUGGGUGGUCUUCUAGGAAACGUUUUAUCUGGAGCGGCCUCUGGCGGUGGUGCUAAUAACGGUGGAUCUUCAGGAUCUUCAGGCCUUGGUCUAUUGGGUCAAUUCCUUGGAAACAGCGGCGGUGGUGCUGGAAGUCAUGGACCAAGUAGCUCAGGUGGCCUUGGUGACAUUUUUACAUCGAAGAACUUCGGUGGCCUCUUCAAUGAAAAACCAUCUGGCUCAUCAUCGUCUUCUUCAUCCAACGGUCAAAAGAGCUAUCCAACUCAAGCUCCCUACAACUAUGGAAAGUAAACAAUUAUUAUUUUCUUUUUUAUUACUGUUAUUUUUAUAUGCAAUAUAUAUUUUUAUCAAUAAUUUUUGUAGAGCACGAAAAUGUAAUAGAAUAUUUUACUUUUUAAUAAAAUAAUUACAAAA